GCCCUGGCCGGGCCGGCACCUGCAGGGUGGGGGGCUGGCGGAGAGCGCAGUCUGCGCUCCGGUCCCGGCGGCACGGCGGGAAGCUGCCGGGCCCUGGCACAGGGUGUGGGGAGGCGCGGCGUGCGGGUGGGCGGCCGCGGGGCCGCGGCGGCGCGUCCAGGCUCCCGAAAACCCGCUCGGCUCCCGAACACGCCCGGCUUCACUGCCAGCGCCUCCCGAUCGCCUACAAGAGAAAAGGAGACCGUGAACCAGUCAGAGCGCUCGGCCACCCCUCGGCACUGAACCUGGGGACGCUGUCCGGCGCCGUGGGAGGGCGCCCUAACCGAGACGCUCUUUAGCACAAAGAUUUCCAGCCUCUCCCGUGCUCCCGGCUUUUUCACCAGUAGCCUCGUUUGAUUACCAGUCACGACGUGGAAAAAAAACCAACCAACCAAAAAUCAAAUCCAAAAGCUGAUUGCUUUGCUCUGGGAAAUAGUAACCUUGACCAAUACACCUGCUUGCAGGGGACAGAGGAGAUGUGAUGGAGCUGCUUGAAGAAGAUCUCACGUGCCCAAUUUGUUGCAGUCUGUUUGAUGAUCCUCGAGUUCUGCCUUGCUCACACAACUUUUGUAAAAAAUGCUUAGAAGGGAUCUUAGAGGGUAAUGUGCGGAAUUCAUUGUGGAGAUCAUCUCCAUUUAAGUGCCCCACAUGCCGUAAGGAAACUUCAGCUACUGGAGUCAAUAGCCUGCAGGUUAAUUACUCCCUGAAGGGUAUUGUGGAAAAGUAUAACAAGAUCAAGAUCUCUCCCAAAAUGCCAGUGUGCAAAGGACACUUGGGGCAGCCUCUCAACAUUUUCUGCCUGACUGAUAUGCAGCUGAUCUGUGGGAUCUGUGCUACUCGUGGUGACCACACCAAGCAUGUUUUCUGUUCUAUUGAAGAUGCCUAUGCUCAGGAAAGGGAUGCCUUUGAGUCCCUCUUUCAGAGCUUUGAGACCUGGCGUCGGGGAGAUGCUCUUUCUCGCUUGGAUACCUUGGAAACUAGCAAAAGGAAAUCUCUACAGUUGCUGACUAAAGAUUCAGAUAAAGUGAAGGAGUUUUUUGAGAAGUUACAGCACACAUUAGAUCAAAAAAAGAAUGAAAUCCUGUCUGACUUUGAGACCAUGAAACUUGCAGUUAUGCAGGCCUAUGACCCAGAGAUCAACAAACUCAACACCAUCUUGCAGGAACAACGAAUGGCCUUUAACAUUGCUGAAGCUUUCAAAGAUGUGUCAGAACCCAUCAUAUUUCUGCAACAGAUGCAGGAGUUCAGGGAGAAAAUAAAAGUCAUCAAGGAAACUCCUUUGCCUCCCUCUAAUCUGCCCUCAAGCCCUUUAAUGAAGAACUUUGAUACCAGUCAGUGGGAAGACAUAAAACUCAUAGAUGUGGAUAAACUUUCUUUGCCUCAAGACACUGGCACAUUCAUUAGCAAGAUUCCUUGGAGCUUUUAUCCAUUAUUUGUGUUAAUCAUUCUGCUUGGCCUUCUCAUUUUCUUCAGUCCUACUAUAUUCCUAGAAUGGUCUUUAUUUGAUGAAAUCGCAACUUGGAAAGACAAUCUUUCAAACUUUAGUUCCUACCUGACUAAAUCAGCUGAUUUUGUAGAACAAUCAGUUUUUUACUGGGAACAGUGGACAGAUGGGUUUUUCAUUUUCAGUGAAAGACUGAAGAAUUUUAUUUUGGUGGUGCUGAACAAUGUGGCAGAAUUUGUAUGCAAAUACAAAUUAUUAUAAAAUCUGUUUCAAGUACAUAGUUCUGUGUCUUUUGUUAGAAAUUUGUUAGAAUACAGAGUUGUAGUUCAGAUUUGGUCAAGAUUCCAGUCAGAUAUUUUCCUCUAAAAGUGUUCCUUUAAAAAAUAAUGUCCUGUACAUGUUGUUGAAAUUAGGUAGCAUAAAGAUAAAAGUGAAAUUUAAUAGUGAGUCCUGAACCCUCCUUCCUUUUUUUAAAGUGUUUUUGAAAUAAGCAUCCUACUCUCAAUAUCGGUUGUGUUUAUGCUGUGAAAAAAGAGGAGGUGAGACAGUACAUGAUUUAAUAUUGUAUUGAUGAGGUAGUGUAAUAAUGAUUGUUCUUAAGCAUGUAAUAAAGAUUACUCUUGUAAAGCAA